GAUAUAAAUAGGCAGGAUUAUCAAGUAUCCUCUAUACAGAAAACUGUUGCAGAGCUGGAACAAUCUAUUCAGUCAACUAAGGCUAUGCAACAGGAUCAAACAAUAGUUCAAACAAAGCUAAUUAAUGAGCAGAAUUAUUUAAAAGAGAAAACAUAUGAUGCAUAUGAAGCAGUGAAUAACCUAAAAGAAACCUAUCAAGAAGACAAACAAGCAAACCUAGAAAAUCAGUUAUUGAAAAUGGAGAAAGAAUUGGAGAAAUCUCAGCAGACCCCGGUCCUUCUGACAGAGUUUCACCGGCUGGGGGAAACAAUGGCGGAUAUUAGAGAAAGGUUGGGAGCAAACCAGGCCCAGGUUGAUGGAAUUCAACAAUCUGUGAAGCAGCUGGAAACAAGAGAAAUGUAUGGCGCAAAUCAACAUCUAUCCUUAACUAAAGGAAGUUCACAAGUCUAUAAAAUGGAAAUCCCAACGAACGGUAAACAGGGUGGUGGUUUACCACAGUGGUUGUUAAACCCUGGAGCUGGAACAGAACCCAACCUAGAGAAACCUCAGUUCUUCUCAAACAAUUUGCAACAAAGAAAAAACAAAGGAAAUCCUAUUCAACAAGAUUAA